AUGGAGUGUCCCGACGCUUUCAUGGCCGACGACGCGUGCGGUGUCCACUUUGCCGAACGCAUUCCCGCGACGGAGUUCGAGCGGCAGGCGGUGGAGGUCACGGCGCGAGAGGUCGCGCGUCUGAACGCGGCGGUGCGUGCGCGUCCCGCGAUCGGCGCGCGCUCGACGUUCUUCCAGGACGAGCAGAACGUGGCGAGGGGACUGCCGGUGUUCCAGGGCACACACACGCGGUUCGUGUACGACGAAGAGGCGGGGGAGGAGAUUGUGGCGGUCGUGGACGUGACGCGGGAGGCGCUGGAGGACGGACCGGUGGUGCGCACGGUCGCGGAGCUGGACGUGGACGUGGGCGCGGAGGACGACGACGAGGACAGGGACGAGGAAGAAGAUCGGGGAGAGGAGGAGGAGGAGGAGGAAGAGAGGACGGGGGAGCUGGAUGCCGUCUGUAGUGCUGAUGAGGGGUGUGCGAUGGUGGUGGUGGACGACGUCCACGUGGACACGCUGAUGGAAGACGUGGAGAUGGAGAUGGCGGCGGUGGCUCUGGACGAGCGGAAGCUGAUGGAAGCAGCUGCAAAGAGACUGUGA